AUGGGCAGAGUUCACUUUGCUAUACAUUUCGUCAGUUGAUCGCAUUUCAUGAAAAAAUUCUUCCGUGUUCUUCAGUUGAGUUCUUCCGCUCAACUCUGCUCAACACCGUUCCGUCCAGUUAACGACCUCUACAAAAGGACGCCGCCAGUCUUCAUGGCCCUGUUUUCCGUUGCUCUCGGGAAAUCACCUGAGUGUUGUAAAUGUGUAUACUCGAUCGCAUACUUUAUGACAUUGGUAAGCUAUGUUUACAGCUUAUUAUUAGUAACUGUAAUAAAAUGAGAUAGAGAAGUAUACUCAUGCUUUUAGGAGUCAUUGAAAAGGGCCGUAAAUAUGGAAACGCUCGACGCGGAUGGAAAUCGGGAGAGCGCGGAGGAGUUGCGAUUAGAAAGAAAAAGAACGGUUAUUUUCUUCGCCGCUCAGUUUUUUCAGGUUUUCCCCAAAAUGAAAUGGACAAUUAACAAAAUAUUUAUUCUGUGAACCUGGUUACACUAUCCAACAGGAAACCAGGAAUCGCCCGCAUCGAAAAUCACAUUGAAAUUGGUCAGUUUCUGGAUGAUAAGGAGCAAAUGAAGUCUGGCAACUCGUACGCUUCCGAAACGACGAUGAAGAGAAUUGAAGAGCGCGUGAAGAAUCUCGAUUCUUUGUUCGGUGACGCGACCCCAGCUCCUGUGCUCUCGGUUUGUAGUCACGUUUGUGAGAGGAAGCGAGAGGAAGCGCCGACUUUGUCAGUCAUUUGCGUGAAGUGAGUUGCUUAUUCUGGAGCCACACAUCACAGCGGGGAGUGACUGGAAGAUUGUGGGUUCCAGAGAAGCGGUAAUUCGGUCAGUUGAUUUGAUAUAUGUUCCCCAAGUUUAAGUACGGUGUGAAGGGACUCUACCCCGAUAUCCCUUACACCAUUACCAUCUUUCUACAAAGAAAGUGUGGUAACUUCAUGAAAUACGAAGACGGGGCGUGGAAGGAAACUUCGAAGCCAGUUGACGGUCCGGAAUACACAAACUGCUACACUGUGGGCACCAAGAGAGGAAGAGAGUGGAUGGCUGCUGGCAUAAAUGCUGAACAUUUGAAGAUCUAUAAUAUUGGCAACCCGAAGAAGAUCGGAGGCAAGCCGGUCGAUCCGAACGAUCGUUUGGCAGCUGUGAGAGCGGCUGAGAAGGCCCAGAAACUGAGGGAAACUCUGGCAAGAAGUGUACGUUUUGACCAAAUUCAACAAAAAGUGUUCAAUAUUUAUGUUUCAGAUUGAGAUCAAGUCAUUGACGAAAUACUUGCCAAUUCUGACCAUCUGGCAAAUCCUUCCGGACGGAAAGCUGCGCGAGGUUCAAUGGUUUUCUGCCGCUGAAACCCAGUUCUUCACUUGCACUGGAUACAAGGUAAGCUUCAUACUUCUGAGUAUUUGCUUUAACUCUUCAUCUUUUCAGAACCCACUUGUCCGCACCAUGAAGUCAAACGACAACAAGUACGUGAUUCGACCGACGUCCGCCUUACCGGUCGGUCGCCCCCUUUGCGUCUCUCAUAUCGAUUUUCUCGCCACCGUCUGCUUAUUCUGCUUCUACUCCUCCCGAUGCCUCCACCUGGCGCCAAACGUCGUGCUUCCUGCUCUGAAGGUUCCGACAAUCCUGCCCAAAUGGUGCCGCUGGCCGACUUCCUGGCUCUAAAGGAAUCCUUCGACACACUCUCCUCUCAGUUCGGCGCUCUGAUCCAGCUCUUGAAGGGCAUUCUGCCGGAUUCGUCGCUCCACAACCUAUCCCUUCCGUCCAACCCGCUCGCUGGUUCUUCUCUUCCGCCUACUCUUCCCGCUCCGUCCUCGACCAAGUUCUGCUCCACCCUUCCUGCCUCUCUCUCCAUCGCCAAGGAAGCGGCCUCGCUGCUCGACAAGUCCACGCGGGCUGUCAUUGAGCGCUUGCCUGAUGACCCCAAGAACCCCUCACAGGACUCUGUCGAUAUGGCAGCCGUCUCCAGCUGGUGCGCCAAGUUCGAUGCACCACAACCCUCAUCCGUCUUCCGCCACUCUUGCUCCGCGCUCAUGCGUCCGCUCAAACCUCAAUUCGCGAACUCUAAGGAGAGGGACAACUUCACUAGAAUCUUCAACUCGAAAAUCAAGCCUGCCGAAUUCUCCUCUUCCGAUCGCAAACCCCGUGCCCGCAGAGAUCUCACUCUUGCCGAGCUUGCUGUUCUCCGCGAAAGUCGCAAAACGAUCUACGACGAGAAUAAGAAAGCCAAAUCUUCCAUUCUCAUUCUUUGGUAACAUCCGCGGUUGCGCCUCCCUCACUAAAAUCUCGCAGCUCACCGACUUUUUCUCCUCUUCCAGCGCUGACAUCCUCCUUCUCACCGAAACUUUCCUCAAUGAUUCCGUCCCUUCCAGUCUCUUUUCGUCCAACAGCUUCUCCAUGCUACGUUUCGAUCGCGACCCUUCUGCACACUCUAAAUCUUCUGGAAGACCAUCCAAUCUGGACGCUCCCAGUCCUGUCGUCACUGCAGCUCCGUUCCAGAUGGAUGGCCAAGUGAUGGCUGCAUCCACUUCGGAUGUCGUCCGAUGGGAUCCCGAUAGUCCCACAAACAGUUCCGGCUACUCUUCCGAUUGCACCUCGUACUCUCCGGAAUUCGUUCCCGCCCCCUCAACUCAUCACUAUGUCCCCACUCCAGCUUCACGUCAGUACGUCCCCACUCCGGCUCCACACCACUACGUCCCCACUCCAACUCCAUAUCACCCCAUUCCUUACCCUCCUGCCCAACCCGAUCUCUACUACUCUCAUGUUCCAUUCGAAUCUUUCCCCGAAGAUCAGACCCAUAUGUUAUUCCAAUAG